AUGCCGACUGAGGAUAGCCAUGAUACUCAGCACCAUACCCCCCGCGAGGGUACCUCCCGAAGGAAACCUUCAGUAGAUGCUAAUCUUCAGGCAGAGCUGGAGAGCUUCCGCGCCAGUGUCACCAAGAUGUUCGAGAAAUAUGACCAUCUUCAUGCCAAAAACGUUGAGCUCGAGCAUGACUACCACACGCUGAAGCAUAAGUGGGAGAUGAAUCAGGCCUAG